AUGAGAGCUGUUUGCUUUGUUAAUCGCUUAGAAUUUGAGUUAUCUGGUAACGUUUUUCCAAAUGCUAUGACACUGGGAGAUGUUGAUAAUGAUGGCCAUCAUGAACUAAUUCUUGGAAGCACUGACGGUAAUUUAUCAAUUUUUAAAGCAGAAAAGAAAUGGCAGACAAUUAACGGUUUGGGUAUGAUAACUGCAGUUUGUGUUGGUGACCUUUUCAACUGCGGAAAAAAUGCUUUGGUAUUAGUGUGUGGUGAUGGAUGGUGUCAAAUAUUUUUUGCUGGUCUUACAAAGAGUGAUGGAACCAUUCGCAAACUGGCGUUAGUACACGUUCAAAGAAUACCAGCAAAUACUAAGGUUGCUUUGAUAAGAGACAUAGAUGGUGAUGGAUGCAAUGAACUUGUACUGGGACUGACAGAUCGUGUAGUUCGUUCAUAUCGUUGGAUUGUUCAAAAUGCAGAUAUGAGUAAUCCUGAAAAUGGAAAGCUUCUGUGCCUGAAUAAGUGGGAAUGUACAAAUCAAAUUGGCACAGUGACUUUGCACCAUUAUGGGGAGGAUGGUGCUCCAUGUCUCCUUGUUGCACAGCCAGGAGGUACUUAUAUGAAGAUAAGUUGCCUCAUCCGUGAGAGUGAAGAUGCAGCAAAUAUAGAUAGUGAGGACCUACUAACAUCAUCAUUAGUGGAUUACCACCCUUUAGCAUCUUCUCACAUGCGUAAUCCAAAUGUGUCAACAGAAAUUGUGGGAGAUAUUGAACCUCCUGAAGUAGCAAAGAAGUCACCAAAAACCAAGAGAUAUGCUGUUGCAACUCUGGAUGGUACACUGAUGCUUGUUGAAGAUGAAGAAAUAUUGUGGUCCAUUCAAGUUGAUCAUCAGUUAUUUUCAUUAACAAAGCUGUCUCUAACGGGUGGAAAUGGAGGAGGAGAUAAUAUUGUUGCCUGUUCUUGGGAUGGACAAACUUAUAUACUGGACCAGGAGAAACAGAGUGUUCGCUUUCAACUUGAUGAACAUGUCUGUGGUUUCUGUUCAGGCUACUAUUCCAUAACCCUGGACCAUCCACCAGCCCCCUGUCUAGUUUAUACCACAUUUACUAACAAGAUAUAUGUGUACUAUGAUGUAAAGAUUCCUGGCAUGGUGAUGAAAAGUUGUGUCCCAUAUGGAAACAUUGGCUUGAAACUAGACAACAAACAGAGAAGAGAGUUAACAGAAUGGAUACUGUAUGGGAAGAAGAAAUGAUGCAACAUGCAGAAAAUAACUUCUAUCCUGGUUAGAAAAAAAAGAGACAUAGUUUUUUUUACUGGUUAAAAGUAAUGUUACAUGUGAUAACAGAUGCCUUUAUUGUUAACACUAAAUAUCUAAAGUUUGUUGAUAUUCAGUGUAUUUUACUUUUGUAAAUUCCAGAUGUUGAGCUAAAUAUUAUGGAAUAAAAUUAUAUUUAUUUUGCAUUAUA